AUGUCCGCCAGCCAAAAGCCAACAGGCGCGCGUUCUUCUUCCAACGCGGCCACCAGAACGGGGCCGCCAGCAAAUCCACCACACCACAGACCUCCUCUCUCGGUCCAUCCAACCGCGACAAUCUCAGAAACCGCUUACUUUCAAGGCAAACAUCCCAUAAGCAUCGGCGCUGGCACCGUCAUCCACCCCCGAGCAAAGCUACUGUCCUAUGAAGGCCCCAUAAGUGUUGGAGAAGGGUGCAUUAUCGGGGAGAAGUCAGUAAUCGGAGGCCCCCAGGCUGCGCCAUCGGCAUCGGAACCUCCGUCGACAAAUGAAACAAGGUCGUCAGGGUCGGCAGUCACCAUUAUAGAGAACUCGGUUCUUGUAGGACCCCUCGCCACCAUUCAUUCGGGCUCUCAUAUACACUCCUUUGCGGCUAUAGACGCUUCCUCCUUUCUAGGACGACGUGUUCGCAUCGGAAGGCACGCGAAAGUCUGCUCACUUUGCCGCAUACCCGAGGACGGAGCGGUAGAAGACUGGAUUGUAGUUUGGGGUGGAGGCGCGGGCGGUAUGGGAUUACAAAGACGGAAACGAGCAAAUGGAAGAGGCAAUGAAGGGAAUGUCGCAGGCUUGAACGGCAGGUCUGUCGAGAAUGCGCGGUUGGUUGUAUUGAGUAAAGAGAGGGAGACUCUCACCAAACUAAUCGGAAUUGGGGCCGCUGCUGCCACGCAAAGGAGAAGAUGA